AAGAGCACCCAAUAAUCUGUAUUGUGACAUGUUUUAGAAUAUUGAAAUACCCUAUUCUAGAAAACAACGUUAAUUACACAUGGAAGAUUGUACAGAAAUGAAAUACCGAUUACUACGCAUGCGUAUAAUUAUAGUGUACAUGGCCUAUUUUGGAACCACAUAAAAUCGAUAUGACUAUUACUCAACUCAAACCAGAAGAAACUCCUGUACAUGCAAUGUUUAUAGCAGAUACUCAUUUAUUAGGUUCUAAACAUGGACAUUGGUUUGAUAAAUUAAGAAGAGAAUGGCAAAUGUAUAGAGCAUUUCAAACUAUGAUUACACUUCAUAAACCAGAUAUAAUUUUUAUAUUAGGUGAUUUAUUCGAUGAAGGACAAUGGAGUAGUUCUGCAGAAUUUGAUCAAUAUGUACAAAGAUUUCAUUCAUUAUUUUCAGUACCUAAACAUACUCAUCUUUAUGUUGUUGCUGGAAAUCAUGAUAUUGGAUUUCAUUAUGGAAUUACACCAUAUUUAAAUCAACGAUUUGUAAAUGGUUUAAAGUCACCAAGUGUAAAAAGAGUUAGUAUUAGAGGAAAUCAUUUUGUUUUAAUUAAUAGUAUGGCACUGGAAGGAGAUGGAUGUUUUUUAUGUCGUCCUACAGAAAUUGCAUUAAAUAAAAUUGCUACACAUUUAAAAUGUGCAAAAAAUACAGGAAAUAAUUGUAACAAAGAUAAUGUAAUUUCAAGAUAUAGUAGACCAAUUAUUUUACAGCAUUUUCCAAUGUAUCGCGAAUCUGAUGAAAUUUGCAAUGAACUUGAUCAAGCACCAGAUGAAAUAAAAGAUAUCAAGUUUAGAGAACGAUGGGAAUGUUUAUCAAAAGAAGCAUCUGAACAACUUUUAGAUAUAUUGAAUCCAAGACUUAUUAUUAAUGGACACACCCAUCAUGGUUGUAGAAGAAUACAUAGGAAAGAUAUAUUAGAAUUUACAAUAUCAUCUUUUAGUUGGCGUAAUAAAGAUAAUCCUUCACUAUUAUUGGGUGUAUUUACUCCCAAUAAUUAUUCUGUAUCAAAAUGUUAUAUGCCUGUAGAAUCUACAGAGAUCAAAAUUUAUAUUAUUAGUAUAAUGUGCAUUUUCAUAUAUUUUAUUAUAAAAUGUAAACUAAAACAAAAUCGAUAUUAUCUUUUAAAAUUUCAUUAAAAAUAUAUUGCUAUAU